CCUGCAUUGGUGUAACCUAGCACGCACAUUGCCACGGCUGCGGUGGCACUGCUUUUACCGCUGCUGCCCCCAACUUCAUCGCCUCUGCUGUAGCCGCGCAUUGCACCACGCACUAGCUAACCCAUACAUCGAACACAGCAGCACCACCAUUUGUAGCAACGCCACCAUUUAUUGCAGCAGUACCAACAGCAGUCGCAGCAGCAGCACCACCUGCACCACACCCCCGCAGCACCACUACCGCCGCCAUGGCCAGCGCUGCAAGCCCGCCCGCCUCCUUCAACCUCCCCGCCUCCGGCACCACCACCACCACCACCACCGGCAGUAGCACCGGCACCGCCUACACCGCCCUCGGCAGUAGCAUCGCCGACCUGACCCAAUGGCUGCUGUCGCUGCCCGCGGGCGUGGCUCGCGCCCUGCUGUCGCCCGGCAGUGGGGAGGGGCUGCUGGGGCUGCUGCCGGGGUGGGCGCGGCAGCUGCUGCCGGGGUGGGACCCGGACCGCGACAUGACAGACAUGUUUGGCAAGGUGGUCAUGAUCACGGGCGCCAACAGUGGCAUUGGCUUCCAGGCCACGCGGCUACUGGCCCGCAACAACGCACACGUGGUGAUGGUGGUGCGGGACGAGGACAAGGGGCGCAAGGCUGCUGAGGACAUCAAACGCGACAUCCCGCACGCUAAGCUGACGUUGAUGCAGGCAGACAUGGCCAGCCUCAGCUCCGUCAAGCGGCUGGCUGAGGAGUUCACCGCCACCGGCUCGCCGCUGCACGUGCUGGUCAACAACGCGGGGGGGAUGGCGCCCGGGCCCUUCGCAGUCACGGCCGACGGCUUCGAGACCACCCUGGCCACCCACUACUACGCCCCGCUGUACCUGACGCUGCUGCUGCUGCCGCGCCUGCGCGCCUCCGCCCCCUCCCGCGUGGUCAACGUGGCCAGCUUCGGGGAGGCGUUCGGCCGCGUGCACUGGGACGACCUGAGGUUGUGGGACGUGCAGCAACAGCGCCACCGGAGCUCUGUGCGCCCGCAGCUCUUUGAGGACGCGAGUACUCGAGGGCUCAGUGCCAAACGGGGCGUGGACCUGCGCACCAGCGGCCUGCCCGCCUACGCCGCCUCCAAGCUCUACCUGCUCAUGGCCAGUCGCGACCUCAACCGCCGGCUGAGGGGCACGGGCGUGGACGUGUUCCCGGUGCACCCGGGCCUCGUGUCCACGCCCGGCGAGGCCAAGUCCGACAAGUCCUACCCCGUGUCCGUGCUGGCGUUUGUCGGCUCGCGGCUGCACGGCCAGUCGGAGCUGCGCGGUGCACUGGCGCCGCUGUUCGCAGCCACCGAGCCGCGGCUGCAGGGCCGCGGCGGCACCUACAUCGGCCCCAACAGCUUCGGACUGCAGCUCUUCGGCUGGGGCGGCAGCAACACGGUGGCCCGCAGCCCGGUCAACUGGGCGGCUCGCGACGCGGCCGAGUGCCGGCGGCUGUACGACCAGACCCGCGCCGUGCUGGACAGCGCCACGGUGGCGGCGGGCCUGGGUGCCGUGCCGGUCACACACUUUGUGGACGCGCAGCAGCAGGCCGCGGCCAAAGCCCUGGCGCCCGAGGGCGGCGGACAGCACCCGAAGCACCAGCCGCCGCCGGGCUCCGCGAUGCCCCUGCUGUGAGGGCCCCGGCGGCUGGUGGGUGCUCCUGCGUGGCGCGGUGCCGGCGGCGGGAGGCAGGUGGUGGCAGGCGGAGGCGGUAGUGGGCGGCGCAGGAGGCGGACGCAGGCGGCGGAGGCUGCAGGCAGGAGGUGGUGGCGGCGGCGUUAGGCAGCAGAAGGCGGUGGCAAGAGUUGGCCGGCGGCAAUAGGUUGUAGUGGGCGCCAGCGGCAGCAGCCUGCUGCAGGAGUGGGCUGCUGUCGUGGGGCGUCGCUCAACUCGCAUUGCUCUUGGAAGCAGGAAAGCAGGGAAAUGUCUGUUGGAAGUGAGUGAAUGAGGUAGUCCUUCGGCGGCACAUGUCCGGGCCGAAAUUUACAGCAGGUUGGUGUGUUGUUGGUUGGGACUUGGGAGACGGCGAUGCGCAACCGUUGCGGUUGAGUUGGCGGACUCCCGGCUCCGCUUCCGCUUCCGCUUCCGCUUCGCCCAGUAGUUUCGCCCGCAGCAACUACUGGUAUGCGUAGACAAGACGAGCCCUUGCUUGGUUGGAGUAUUAAUUGGCUUGAGUUGAUCAGUUGCAUACCGUUGCGGUCGAGCAGCGAUUUGGGUGACGGUCGUUCGUGGGUGGCUGAAGGGCAGGAAUUGCGGCGUGGCGUGCCUUCCCCCGCCGUGCGCAAUGGCAACAAGCAGUACCAUACACAUAUAUGUAGCGCUCCAGAAACGUACCUGACCAGCAUAUCAUGCAUUGAACGUGCGAGAUAGCCUGGGCGUGGCGGUGCCGUGGCAUGACUCGAGCCGGAGUGUUGCACCGUGUAGGGCGCGGGGUGACUAGGCAUUUCCGUUGGGGUUCCGGAGUUCCACGCGCCGACAUGGCACACGGUCUCAACGGCGCACGAGCUGGGCUAAAAGGCCGUCGAAAAAUGGGAUAAAAUUUCA